AUGAAAUUAAUGAAUGAUAAAUCGAAUUUAUCAAUUGUUAAAUAUGAUCAUCUUAUUGAACUUCAAAUAGAUCGAGCUCAUGAUAAUUACAUUGAAGAAUUUUUAUGUAAUACAAAAACCUAUUUACAAAAUAAUAUUUUUUUUGAUGUCCAUUAUGAAGCAUUAAAAAGAGUAACACAUAAUUUUACAAGAGAUGAUACACGAAUUAAUUCUACCAAAGUAAAUAAACUAUUUUUAUUUGGAAGAUUCGAAUGUUCAAAAAUCUUGUCAAGAUUAUUUUCCUUUUGCAGUUAUACAUUGAUUAUUAUUAUGUUAGAAGUAAAACAGAAAACUAUCUUUUGUGUUGUAUAUUUUUGUGAAAAAAGCCGCCAUGGUUGAGUGGUUACGUUGUUCGACACGCACCCACAAGUUACUGUGUUCAAACCUCGGUAUUGUCUUCCAUGGAAUGACCCUGGACAAGUCACUAACGGCUAAGUUGUCUAAUAUGACUCAUUCCACAUCGGCCAUCC